AUGAUGAUGCUGCUGAUGCUGCUGGGACUCUGCUGCUCAGGUGUGAGCGGAGCCUCAGAGCUGGCGUUCCUCAAAGAGCCCAGUGAUGUCAUCGCAGCGAGGGACCGCCCCCUGAUGUUGGACUGUCAGGUGGAGGGUGAGGGGCCGAUCUCCAUCACAUGGAGACGGAACGGUGUCCCCGUGCCGAUUGGUGUCAAGGCGACCGUGCUCGCCAACGGCACGCUACUCAUCAGGAACUUCUCCAAGAGACGGGAGAGCAACGAGACAGACGCUGGCGAAUACGACUGUGCUGCUCAGAACCGCUACGGCAUGCUGAUCAGCCGCAAGGCCCGGGUCCAGAUCGCAUCCCUCCCUAAGUUCCUGUCUCACCCAGAGUCUGUGGCAGUCGAUGAAGGGGGCGUGGCCAGACUCACCUGUCAGGUAAAUGGAAUCCCAGAAGCCAACAUCACCUGGCAGAAGGACCGGAGCCCACUGAGCACCGACGACCCCAGGUACACUCUGCUGCCUAACGGCGUGCUGCAGAUCACCGGCGUUCGGCGAACAGACAGUGGUUUGUUUCGCUGUGUUGCCACCAACAUCGCCAACACUCGAUACAGCCAUGAGGCCCAGCUGUCUGUCACCGUUGCAGGAUCCAGGAUCUACAGAGAACCCGUCAUCCUGUCCGGUCCCCAGAACCUCACCAUCAACGUCCACCAGACCGCCAUCCUGGAGUGCAUCGCCACGGGAAACCCCCGCCCCAUCGUGUCCUGGAGUCGCCUCGACGGGCGGUCCAUCGGCGUGGAGGGGAUCCAGGUGUUGGGGACAGGAAACCUGAUGAUCUCUGACGCCACGCUGCAGCAUUCAGGAGUUUAUGUUUGUUCAGCAAACAGACCAGGAAGUAGAUCCAGAAGAACGGCACUGGGACGCCUCGUAGUCCAAGCUCCUCCAGAGUUCGUGCAGUGGCCUCAGUCCGUCUCCAGACCAUCAGGGGGCAGCGCUGUGUUCAGCUGCACGGCGACCGGCGCUCCAGAGCCGCACCUCAUCUGGCUGAAGAACGGCAAACUGCUGACACCCAGCGGCAACGUCAAACUCACCAACGGAAACACGACUCUGGCCAUCACCCGGAUCACCCCCGAGGACGAGGCCAUCUAUCAGUGCAUCGCAGAGAACAGCGCCGGCACCAACCAGGCCAGCGCCCGCCUCGCCAUCAGCCAGGGGCCCGAGCUGCCCGAGGCCCCCACCGGCCUCCGCGCCUCGGCCCUCAGCUCCAGCAGCCUGCAGCUGAUCUGGGAGCAGCCGUCAGAGCGCGUCAGCCAGCAGAUUAUAGGAUACGUCCUGCACAUCAGAAGACUGGGAGAGCCGGACAGUGCGGAGCUGCAGGAGGCCGUCAGUAAGACCACCUUCAGUCACGACUUCAACAACCUGGAACCUGCCACCACCUACUCCAUCUACCUGAAGGCGUACUCCGCCCUGGGAGGAAGUCAGCAGUCCAGCACCAUCACCGCCACCACACAGGGGGGCGUUCCCAGUUCUCCCAGUUUCUUCACUAAGGUCUUGAACCAGACGGCCAUGCAGGUGUACUGGGAGCUGCCCAGUAAGCCGGGGAAGCUGGAGGGCUUCAGACUGGAGUACCGCGGGGUCUCCAACCCAGACGUCCAUGGACAGGAGACAUUCCCAGGACACAUCAACACCCACACCAUCUCCCACCUGGAACCGGCAGCAGUUUAUGAGAUCCAGCUGAUGGCGUUUAACGGGAACGGAGACGGUCCGUCCAACCGCCGCCUCGUGUCUCUGGCUGAGGGAGGAAACACUGCAGCAGAUGGUCCCAGCUGUAACUGUGAUCAGUCUCACGGCUCCGUGUCCACUCUGCUGGUCGGCGUGCACAGCGGCCUCGCCUGCAUCCUCUGCUGCCUGCUCCUUGUCCUGUUGGGAUACAGACGCAGUUUCUUCUGCAGGAAGUCAGCGAGCUGGGAGACUCCACGCACCCUGAAUGAUGUCAGAGGUGCUAAAGGGCACACACCUGAGAACAUCGAGCUGAACCAGAGAUGUGACUCCACCCCUCCCCCAGUGAUGGUCAUGGUUGAACAAACUCCGCCCGUCCAACCCGGCACAGGCACAGGCACCGGAUAAAAAAAUACACACUCUCCUCCUCCUCACCUUCCUCCUCCUCCUCUUCCUCCUGAGCUCCAGCCUGUGGGCGCCUCCUCUCCUCCUGACAGCCUUACAGCCACUUCAGCCUUUAUGAAUGACUGAGAGUAGAGUUUAUCUUUGAGAAUAUUGAGAUGAGAGAUGAUGAGUCUGUCUAAGGAGCAUCCAGAGAGCAUCUGAUACCACAGGGAAACAAAAUACUUCACAGCACCCCAGGAUACCUCACAGUACCACGAAAUACUUCACAAGAUCACAAGAUUCUUAACAACGCCAUGAAAUACUCCACAGAUGUCCACUACUUUGAAUUCAAUUCAUGAUAAUUUCGUCUUCAGACUGAAACCAAAGCUGAAUUCUGAUUCCAGAAUUUGUCAGUAACUUGAAGUCGGAGGUCACAUGACUCUGGCUGUUUCCUGUGUGGUAUCAGAUGCUGAUGUCACUGUCGUGGCGUCCUAGAUGCUUCCUGUUGAAACCAAAACCUUUUUUCUUCAGUUCGGGGUCAUUUUGAGUUUGUCACCAUCGGUGCCAAGUUUUCUGAGACGAUGAGGCCUUCCACUGGUCUGACCAGAGACAGGGCCCUCAGAGGAUCCACUGUGGGUGGGUUCACCUGAGUAGGUGUCACUCGCUGGUCCUCUGAGGCCCAGAGCCAAAGGGAUGUAUUAUUUCUCUGGUCAGCAGGUGACUGUAGAGGACUCCCCUCUGCGAUGCUUUAGCCUUUUAGUGUUUGUUUGUCUCACCGAGUUCGCCUCAGAUCAGGAUGUAGAGGAAGCCCACAGUCCGCUGGUUGUUCUCCCCCUUCCCUCCCUCCCUCCCUCCUGUAACACCUCCACCAAACUCUUUACCUCCAAAGAGAGCUACCUCGGGCUCAACGCCAAACGCCUGAGCUACAGGCGACCGUUAGCCUCCUGCUGCUGGUCAAGCUAACCUACCUCUUAACCAAAAGCCUCCUCUGGGGCCACUUUGCCAUUUUUCUACCUUUAUGUACCAAUGCCGAUGUCCUGUGCCGGACCGUCACCCAGAAGCCCUUUGAACUCUGAAUGUUGCUCGCACGAACCCUCCAACGAUGGAUUGGUCCAUUGUUGUCUUCCUCAAAGACAAGAUGGCGGAGGGAAACCACAGAAGAUCUCAGCUAUCUUUGAUUGUGACUCAUGACUGACGCUUUGCUUCCUGACCCCAAGAACUUCCUCCAGUGCUGCUUCCAGGGCCCAAAAACCUGAUUCAGAUUUGAACUUCUACAUUAGACAAAACUCUGUCUUUGAUCUUAAAUUAAAAAAGAUCCAGUAACCUUCACAACGAUCAUACCUUCUGAGGUGCAAAAUCUGCUCCAGAUCUGAGAGUUCAGUGUAUAAAAAUCCUCUGGAUAUGGACCAUAGUCCUGACUUUCAACACCUUCCUCGGAUCUUAUCCUCUGUAGCAGAAUACCAACAUGCACAAAGUCUUAAUGUCAGCCAUGUCUGAGGUUUGAAGGUCCAAACACUUGCUCCAGAUCUGAGCUUUAAAGGUUUAAAAGUAGUUGGGUUUCUGAAGCGCAAUGACAGUCUAUAGUCCUGUGCUUUAAUAUCUUAUCCUCUCCAGCAGAACAACCUGCACAAAGUCUUCUUUCAUCCCAGCAAUGUCUUACUUCUUAAAAGCGCCGUAUGUAACUCUGGAUGAAAAUAGUUGAUUGUUAAGUCUCAUUCCCAGGUCGUCAAAUAUAGAUGCUUCGGGGCUACCCAACCCAAAGCGUCAGUAUUUGACGAACGGGGAAAGAGACUUAACAAUCAACUAUCUUUCUCCGGAGGUAUAUAGGGCACCAUGAAGGUCCAAAAAACUGUUGUCCAAAAAACUGAUGUUGCAUGUUUCUAAAGUCCAACAACUUUGUAGCCCAAAUUCUGAGUAACCUGCCGUAGAGAUCACAGCCCAAAUACGUGACCACAGGCCUGACCUUCAGCAGUCCAGAAACCUGAUUCAAAUCUCAGGUUUCAGGUCCCAAAGUCUUAUGCCAAUUGUUAAAUACCUUGCACAACAUUGUCUUCCUUUAUCUAUCCCAGUCUGGGAAUCUGCUCCAAGUUUUAUUCUGCCCAAAGUCUGAUAUUUAGGGCUAUAUUCACCUUCCCCACAAUGAACCACAUCUCUGACCUCUAACAAGCCUCAAGAAAUCUGAUCCAGAUCUUUUCCUCCACAGAUAAAUAACUUGCAUGAGAUCUGAUAUUUCAGGGCAGAACUGUUAGCUUCUAAAUUUCCUUCUGUACCCCAAAAACUGUUCUGACCUUCAGCAGUCCAGAAACCUGAGCUAGAUCCUCCUCUGCCAGUAAAUGAUCUGUUGAACUGUUUGGGUCCUGAAGUGCACUGGAGAUGUUGGAGAAUGAACCUUUGACUGCAGAGGAGACGUUUGAUUGUUUGAUGCAGGCUGACUGCGGUCUGCAAACAAAGAGUCUGUCAGAAGCACCUGUCCUGGUCUUCAUGGAGAUGCCUCCUCCUCUGCAGACGUCUCACCUCCACCUGAGAAGAAACAUUGAGGAGUUCAGCGUCAGCUGACACCUGAGAGACAAACAGGUGAACAUGGAAAGUUUGGACACUGUGGACGUUUCAGUGUGGACGUCCUGGCCCUUUUCUGUCCUGAGUUUUAAAUAUAAGUUUUAAUUUUUUUUAUUUUUGCAGAGGCGCCACUUCCUGUCACCUGCCUGCAGGUGUGCGCAGCCUCGUCAGCCAUGUUUGAAUUGACCUCAUAUGUCUUAUAAUGCCUGAAAGUAACUUCUAAACUUUCCAGUAGAUGAACUUCAGCUUUCUGUAGAGUUUCAGCCAAACUUCCAAAUAUUCUUUAAAACAAGCUGAACGACGCCCAAAGAUAAAAAUAGUUUUUCACCGUUUUCUGUUCAAACUGUUUGUUUUCACUCUGUUCUCUGUUUAGAGUCGAAGAACAAACAAAACCAAAAGAAAUACUCUCUUUCACAUUUUAUAUCUCAGAUAAACAGUUAGAAAAGGAGAAGUGAAUUUAUAUUUUCAUAUAUUAUAUAUUACAUAAAGAGCUCCGUGUGUCAGGAUGAGUUAAAAAAUAGCCAAAUAACUGAAUGAUAGAAACACUUUGACCAAAAGCUCCAUAAAUAUAAAUAUUACCUCAGUUCUUUGUGUUUCGAGCCACAGACAGUCUGUGUGUUCAGUUUGUGGUUGAAUGUCUUUACAGCUUCUGUCUCUGAUACUGACAGUGACCCUGAGACCCCGAGACCCCCAGACCCCGAGACGCUGAGAUCUACAUUUACAGUAUUUUAAAGUAUUACAUGAACUGCAGUAGUAACUUUAUCUUCAGCUGUUCGGUUUAGGAUAUUUUUUUCUGAAACAGAGGGAAACGUGAACUAAUGAUGUCUUGAGACAAAAAACUUUAACAGGAAAUGUGAUGUUCAGUCUGACAAAUAUUUGUUAUCAGAAUACGGCUAGUUUUGUUUGUUUGGGUUAGCGAUGUUAACCGAUUAACAGUUAACUGUUUAGCGGUGAACCGCAGAGAAUACUUUUGACCGGUCACGGUGAGUUUAUUGGCUAAUUUUGUGACUCAGGUAACUGCACUGCAUACCAGCUGAGUCGGGUGGGAGCAAGCUAGCAGUGCCGCCCAUUUAGCGAUUACCGCUAGAAACACUGUCCUGACCCAACAGAGUUACUGUGGAAAU